AUGGGAUUCAUAAAAGAUUGUGGUCUGGAACGAGUCAUGAGGGAUUUGCGAAUCUUGAGUGGCAGCCCUGGAGCGGAUUUCGCAGCUGUGGUAGAUCCGGCUUUGGGUGAUUCAGCCAAAAAGCUGGACAACUGCAUCAAGGAACUCGGCAAAACAGUUGAAAAUCUUCUCAUCAAGUAUAAAAAGGGCAUUAUUCAUGCACUUAUUCGUGCAAGAACAGCGCCGCCAGUGCUCCUCAUGAAAGGGAUAUUGCGAAUUAUUUCUGCUAUAUUGGUACGGCAUGUCGCACUUGGCGAAGACUGGACCUGCAUGAACUCACGAAUGUUGAUAGAAAGCUGUGCUCGCGGGCAUGGUAAUUUUUCCGGUAGUGCCCAAAGCACUAUCGCGACUGGUUUCGAGCCGGUGGAUCGCCGAGAGGCGAUUGAUUUUUGCCCUCGAUCAUUUUUGGUCGAUGACGGUUGGUCGACGUAG